AUGCCAGGAAGAUCUUCAAACAACGGGGCCGCAAGUCUCGGUCUAAGCUCGCAUUCUAACAUCUGCGGCACAGACAAGAGACCAAUGAGCCUCAGAUUCCAAGAAGGGCUGGAUGAUUUCGAUGACGACGAACUUAUAAUGACCACAAUUAGGCUAGUCGAGUGCUUCAAUGUUUUGGCUAAGUCCGUGGAGACUCAGGUCAAGCUACGAAGGCAUCAACGGCAGCUUUUCGGCAAAAACAUCUCGCAGUCGGAAAUUAUGUCUAUGCUAUUCAUCUGCCACGGCUGCAGAGGACUGGACCUCGUCCGUGAACCCGUCGCUAUCUGUCAGUGUGGUGAAUUCUGGUGCACACAGUUAUGCCUAGACGUGUGCUUUCGAAUCCAUUUCGCGGAGGGUCCAUGCCUACAGCACGGAUUUACUGAUUAUUAUCCAAGAAUCGACCAGGAAAUAGUGUAUCAGGAUCCAAGGAGGACCCGUAUUCGAGGACUCCUAUUUCACCAACGCAGUACGCCUUCAUCUCGUUCCCAUUUUCACAGACUCAAAAUAAAGGCAAAAGGCUCGGCUCCUACGGAAAUUACUCUCACGUUCAUAUUCCGAAACGGAACCUAUGGCGAAAUAGUGGACUAUAUGCCGCAGCUGGAUGACUUCUUUUCUCGGGAUAAGCUCGCUUGUCGAAGGGUCGUUGAACGAGGUGAUGACCCGCCAUUUGAGCUUUGGUACCCCAAGAACCAAAUGUGCCUGGCCAUGGAUCCCGAUUCUGUGAACAACACGAUUGUCAACCUCACCGGUUCUCGUGAGCCAACGAAAUUAUGGUAUGGCCCAGUCGUCGGUCUAAUACUCGAGAAAGACACGUAUCAGAAGAAGUUCUUGGAAGUGACAAUGACCACGUUCUUCCUCCAGCGGCAACACAAUAUUUUCAAAUACAGGAUGCCUACUGAUGAAGAGGAUGUCGACGCUACGAAGUGCCACAGUCAUAUACCCCCAUCGAGAUCGAGGGAGAGGGAAGAGAGGAAUGUUGGCAUGCCAUUGUUCCCGAAUGCAAAGCUCUUCGUGUCCAAACUCAUGUCCCGCUCUGGAGCCUGUGGUGUUACCCAAUGGAGUUGGGAGCGGUUCCAGAGUAGAGUGCCCCCCCACACCACCUCAAUACCGAUGUCCUCAAUUGUGAUCCUAUCCAGAUGUCCCGAUGAACGACGAUCUUUUUAUGAAAGAGAAUUCGUUCCACCCAAAGAGCAGAGAUCCCAACCUGUAGAGCAGGAAUUUGUCGUAACUAACGGUGAGGACGAUGACCAGCUAUUCUUUAGCUUCGAGAAGCUGGCGCACACCUAA